CUGGGUCUGGGCACGUGUCUGGGCAUUGCGUGUGGCAUGCCGGGUCUUGAUGAGUGUUGCUAUAUAUUGUGUUUUACGAUGUGUUGAGUCUUGGUAUGUGUUGGUCUUGGUAUGUGUUGGUCUUGGUUUUGUUGAGUCUUACUAUAUAUUGAGAAACCGAGUCUAGUCAUAUGUCAAAUCUUACCAUAUACUGAGUCUUACUGUAUGUUAGGUCUUGGUAGGUGUCGUCUUUUGGAUCUGAUGAGUCUUACUAUACGUUUAGUCGUACUAUAUUCUGAUAUUCUGAGUCUUACUAUAUGUUAAGCCUUAGGAUUUGUCGAGUCUUAGUAUAUGCUAGAUGUGUCGAAUCUUAGUAUAUGUUUAGUCGUACUAUAUACUGAGGAACUGAGACUUGGCAUGUCAAAUCUUACCAUAUACUGAGUCUUCUAUAUACCGAGUCUUACUAUAUACUGAGUCUUACUAUAUGUCUAGUCUUACUAUAUGUCUAGUCAUACUAUAUGCUGAGUCUUACUUUGUGUUGAGUCUUGCUUUGUCUCGGUGCUUACUAUUUAUUAAGAGUCUACUAUAUGUUAAGUCUUACAAUGUUGAAGCUUACUUUAUAUUUGGUCUUACUAUGUGAUUUGUCG